CAAACGCACCGGGCAGCUACCGAAAAUGAUGGAGGAAAUCAUGGAAAGGCUGAAAGAACCCCAAGAGAGCGAAGAUGAAAUGGACAUCACUUUUCCCAGUGAUUACGAGUGGAGGACGAAGCUGUAUUUCAAGUUGCUCGACAAGCAGAAAGAAGGAAAGAUGGAAGAUGACACGUUGCAAGAGAGUAGCAAGGUUUUGCACGAUUGGAAUAUAAUCCCUUCGAAGAGCAAGAAGGUACCAUUCUGCGCCCCAGAUGCUGCCAGAUUAGCGAAGAAGGAGUUCCUGAUCGGUCCUGGACCGAUCACAUGGACCGUCAGCGAUAUUUCCAAAGCAGGAUGUCUUCUGACCACACCGCCCAUACCCACGAGCUUCUCCGAUGAACAAGAGAUGCGAAGAGUUUACACCCUCAUCUAUGACGUCUACAGAUAUAAAAGCAUAUUGAGCAAAGCUUUGGAGGACGUUGCAUUUUUCUAUGAACACCCUAAGAUGAAGAAAAGCAUGUCACGAGUUUGGUUGCUUCUGUAUGACCUUUACCAUCGCAGCUUCAAAAAGCGUACAGUGAGGAAUGCGUCCGUGGCUCAAGCGUUAUUCGCGGAAUCCGGGCUGCAGGAAGUGGAGGAGGCGGUUUGGUCGGAUAGGGUGAAGCUGGCUGCGUCCGUGGCGCGUCUUCGGAUCAAGCACAGCGCCCUUCGCCUCAGCCAGCUGCUGCCCUACCAUCUGAGGGACGAGAAGGUUUCUACCCAUGCAAAGCAUGCUCCCGUCACAUGUUGGGUCAAUAUCAAGAAAGUUAAGUGAGUCCGCCAAAUCAAUACAUUCUUUGCGCUCUUCGUAUAUCAAUAUGAACGAUAUAU